GCGUGGUAGCUCUGCAAAGUCUGAAUCCUUGCCUGUUUUCAUGUGCUCUGCACCUGCCUACGCACGCAGGCACAGCAGAUUAUAUUACUGCGCAAGUUGGUCCAUUAAUUAUGUUGUCAUGCCGUAUAUAAGUAGAGCGGACUAGCGGUAACCUAAUCGCCAAUUCCCCAUAGCCAGCCAGAUGACUAGCUUCUUCUUCCUUGCUUGAUUCCUUCUCUGACAAUUUCCUGCAAAGAACCUGCAGCUAAGCUAAUUAAGCUUAGUAGCUUAGUUUCUUCCCACAUCACCAGCUCUUCAGAUCCAAGAGCAAGCUAGAAGAAGAAAACUAGCAAGGAUGAAGCACCAACAGUAUAAUAGCAGAUGUCUUGCUGAAUCUUCAGCUUCUGAUCACCGGUCGGCGGUGAAGGAGAUCGCCAGGGGGCAGUCUCUGGUGACACAGCUGCGAGCAAUCGUGCUCCCUGUGCUGCAGGCCGACGAGCGCUCUGAGCUUGUCGCCCAGAUGUUCCAGAACAUCCUGGAUUGCUCCAGCAAGGCCAUGGCCGAGCUGCAGAUGCAUCAGUCUCGAAGUACUCGACGACCUCAUGAUGAUGAUGAUGUGCUGGUGGAUGACAAGAAGAGAGUAAAGAAGAUUUCCUCUGUCGACUGCAAGAAUGAGGAGGGUGUUACUGCUGCUAAACCCCGUCAUCAGCACAAGAGAAGGAGAUUUGAUGACUCUGUGUCACUUGAAACACCUGUGCCGCACUACGAUGGCCGCCAAUGGAGGAAGUAUGGGCAGAAGCACAUCAACAACACCAAACACUCAAGGAGCUACUACAGAUGCACCUACAGACAGGAACAAGGCUGCAAAGCAACUAAGACGGUGCAGCAACAAGAUGACAGCAGUGGCGCCGAUCAUACCCUGAUGUACACGGUCGUUUACUAUGGCCAGCAUACUUGUAAGGACAAUGAUGGUGCUAAUUCAAGCCCUGAUGACUCUGAAAUAAACACUAGGAGCAGCAGCGACAGCCACUCCAGCAUAUCAAGCACCUGUACAGAUCCUUGUGACCAUCAGAAUCAGACAUCUCUACAUGAGGAUAAGCCGUUCGUCAACAAAUCUGAAGAGUUGGUCACAAAGGACAUGUAUGAGCCAUUCGAGAUGACUGUGUUUGCCCCCUUGGAUUUGGAUAGUUGGGAGUUGGAUGCACUCCUGAGAUUUGGACCCUGAUAACUUAGAAACCGAUGAAAAGCUAGCGACAAUUAGUCGAUAAUUUGAUAUGUUUUGAAGAGAGGUAUGUAAUAAGGUAUAUAUCUCAUCAGGAGCUUGUGAUUAGUUGUCUAGUGUUAAAAAUAUCAUUUGCACAAUGUUCAAUACUAAGUAUAUAUACGGUCAAUUUUGUGUC